CCCAAAAGUACUAUACAUCUAUUUUUGGCGCAAGUGUACCUCUUGUAGCCUGCUACUGUAUGAGCAGGGUCGAGCCGGACCCUGGUGGGUCUACUGCGUCGUCAAAAGACGACGAAGUGCAAUCGACCGAGCGAACUGGUUUCCAUGUCGUGUCCUCACCAGAAGCAAAGCACUCGAACGACUGGCGACCCUCGUUUCUCACGGAAACCAUCUUGGCACCGCACACGCUGCCGCCAGAAGCCACCCAUACGAACCGGUUGCUCGCCAACGUGCUCAAGAAGUUGGCGAGCCAUAACGACCACAAUGGCCAAGAGACAAAGUCCAAGUACCGCGCGCUCAUUCAAAAGGCGGCUCAGCGCACCAUCAUGAUUGUGCGGGCAAAGCAUUCGGCCCAAACCGUGCAAAAGAUCACGGUUCGGUUUUCAAACCACCAACCAACGGACCUCCCCCGCACGGUCAAGCUGCCGCUGCUGAAAGAAAAGAUCGUGUGCCACAAUCGAUACGACGACAGCCGCAAGAGCACUGUGCUGUUUCGCCAAGUGUUUGAAUCCUCCCCCGAGCUCGAAGCCAUCGUCAAGGACAUGUUUUGGUACAUUGUGUCGUCGGAAUUCCAAACUGGAAAACACACGAAAUUGGAGCACGACUUUUACGAGCGAGUUGCCGAUAACUUCACGGCGCUGUUCAUUCGCUUGCAAAUGAACCCGGCCACGAGGGAUUCAGGUGUGAUGGAGAAGUUGCCCGAUGCCAUGUCGCAAUUGUUGUUUCUUGCCCUGCAUGACGCGUUUCCUAUCUCAAGAUAUCUCUUUGAUGACGACGUGCGCAAAAAACUCAUCACGAUUUGCUAUUCGUGGUUUGUAGGGUUUGUUCCAAGUAAAAUCGCAUGGGAGCACUGGCUACCCGAACUGUCGAUGCAAUCGCAACGCAAAUCGGCCGGGCUCCACGAAUUCCCAGCCCUUCGCAACCGCGUGCGACGAGCGGAGCGACUGGAAAAGAUCAAAACCAUCGAGAUCCAAAAUCACCAGAAAAACGUCAAACUCAUGAAGGCUGAGGACGUUGACGAGGCCCUCCACCGUCCGCAGAAUCAGAAUCAGGAGCCAACGUCUGGCGAUGGGGCCACGAAUCAGGUCAAGCACCCGUUGCCCGUCGUGUCGCAACGUCUCAAGUCCUUGGAGCGCGCCACGUACAGUUUACGCAACUCGCCGUUGAUCACCACCUUUUUGAAGCGGCACAACCUCGAGCACAAUGCCAAGGGUCUGAACGUCGACCUCCGACUCACCAACGACAGCGACCACCACUUGGGCAAACAAGAAGCGUUGCACCAAAAAGGAGCGCCCAUGCAACGAAAGCGGCCCGUGCUGGACGCCAACUCGUACAACGACCUCGUGACCAAGUUUGAGGCGCAUGGCAAGCAGCUUAAAGCCCAAUACGUGUCCGAGAAGGCGGUGAUGCUGCAGCAAAACGAAGACAGCAAGGCGCUGUAUGCCGCCGCACAAAAGCAUCUGAGCGACCAGUACCAUACCAUCACAAGCCGGAGUCGAGGAGUGCACGAGCUCAGCAAUAUGUUGGUGUGCAAAGCCCAAGGCACGACCGAUGCGAUGAACAAUUCGAAACAGCAGCUGCCGGUACCGCAACCACCAGGUCGACAUCAUCACCGUAGCCUAGGCACGCCAAGGCGCACCAAUGCCAUUGCACCCUAAUAGCAUGAACGAGUGACUAAUAACGCGAUACGUUGAAGUGCCAA